AUGUCUUACGAUCGAGUGCUUCCCGCCCCAGUUGCUGUGCGCCAUGAGUCUUCUGGCUCGAAUUUUCUCCACAGCAAUCCCUUCGAGCACAAGAUCAUGAAUGAUCUCCCAAUGUCCCAUCGCGCCCUGCCACAUCGACCAGAACCUCUAGCCGCAACAUGCAGGUAUCCAGAAUAUCGCCCGAACGCGGUCCCUCAGAUCCACCAGCAGAUGGCCAUGUAUCACAGCAAGGCUGAACCCUAUACCCCACCGAUCGACAAGCACCCCAUCGUGGACGCUUACCCGCGACAGCACUCCAUCUCAAAGGCUUCUCUUCCUUUAAGAGAGCGUUCCCCCCCUUCCUCGGGUAGCUCUAGUCCGGCCAAAUCGGGCAAGGAAGAGUACGCCAGUCAGUGGUGUCUCUGUAAACCGGAUCCGAAAAUUCCCCGGCCUCGUAAUGCUUUUAUCUUAUACCGUCAGCAUCACCAGGCGGCUGUCGUUUCACACAAUCCUGGCCUUGCCAAUCCGGAAAUCUCAAAGAUUAUCGGCAUGCAGUGGAGAGCGUUGACAGAGGGGGAGAAGAACAAGUGGAGAGCUUUGGCAGAGGAAGAAAAAGCCCGCCAUGCUCAGCAAUAUCCAACCUAUCGAUAUCAGCCAAAACGAGCAGGCCGUGAUGGAAACAAUCGCCAUUCAGGCUCUGGCAUCAGCCACAAUCCAUCUGGAGCCUCGACAUGCAACUCCUGCGGCGGUAGAAUCAUGAAUGCACCCACUUCUCCGAUGACUCCAUUCACCCCCACAGGCCGAUCAGCAAGCAUAUCCGGCCUCGUACCAGGGCGAGCAACGACAACAAUCAUGUCAGCAAGAAGCUCACACGGCGGCGAGAAAGAGCUCAAGCCGAUCAAAAUCGACCAAAUCGACCACCGUGUACGACCCCGGAGAUUCGACGACGCUGACGAACAAUCCCCAGAUCUCAAGCGCCGCCGUGUCUCCCAUGCAUCAAUAAAGUCCGACUUACCGGUCCACCGAAACCGAAGUCCAGACUCUAUCUCCCCCUACUCAAUGUCCCCGUACCAAUACAAUGCUACCAUCCAACAGCAACAGCAACAAAGACAACCACUUCCAUCAAUCAGCCGACCCUUCAACAACAGCCCCCCAGUCCCCGGCCAACCAGCCGGAUCGGAGUCAAGUCUUAAACUCGCACCUCUCAAAACCUCAACGCCGAUAAAUGCCCCACUCACCCCAUUCUCGCAAGACGGAUCCAACGCCUCCGUCGAGGCGACAGUCAUGACAAUCCCAUACCUGAACAAGAUCAAAGUCCUGGCUAAAAUUUCCCCACCCUUGCAACCGACUUUCCGCCAGACGCCCGUCAUGCGCGGACCCAUCAUCGCCAUCGACGGCCAAGACCCAGCCCUCGUUCAAUCGGCCGUGAACUACCUAGAACGUAUGUUCAAAAAGGAAGCAAAACAUCACGUCCGCAUCUUCCAGGGUCCAACAAUUAAGGACCCCACAACCGAAUCUUCCUCCGACCCAACGGUCGAAUACCUCGACACAAUCUCCUCCUGGCACCGCGUCUCAGAUGAAGUAAAAGACUUCGUUCGCACCUUGAACGGAAAUGCCGAAUUCGCCAACGCCAACACUUCCGAGGCGCUGACCAGAGAAGACGGCUUAACAAGUCCCAAAACCCUCAUCCCCAAAACAAACGCCAUGCACAUAAAUUCCCCCCCAAUCCAGCGAAGCCGGCUCCGACCACUCCGCCAGCACAAACACAUCGCUCACAGCGCUACCGCUAGCCCUAGUGCCCCGAUAUCAACUGACGACGGCGGAUGCAUUCGCAUGCUCAAUUCCGAUUCGAGACUCGUAUACUUCUCUCGAUCAUUGGCAGUGGAUGGCGAGUCUUUGGCGGACCUGUGCGGGACCGGAUAUCACUGUUUAUGUUCUCGGGAGGAACUUGAGCGGUUUGGAGGAAAUGCGGUUGAGAUGCGGUUGCAGGAUGCUAGGACUAUUGUUAUUCGGAAAAUCUUGGGGUCGCCGGGGGUGUUGGAGGAGAAGGCGUUGAAGAGGGUUGGGUUUGAGAUUGAGGAUUUUUUGACGCAGUGA